AUGAUCAAUGCUGAGACCAGGAGAAAUCACAAGGCAUGUGACAACCCAGUUCAUCUCCGCAUGGAAGCUGCCAACAUCAACUCAUCGCACCAUGGAAAGAGCAAAAUCCAACAUCAAAAGCUCACAAAGUUAAAUGAUGCUAUCACCAUCCACCUCCCUGCAACUUCAACAGAUGAAGAUGUCCCUCUUCAAGAUGUCAAAGAAUGGUGUAUGAGCAUGAUGAGGCGUCUGGCACUCGCCAAGGAUGCGCCACCUAAACUCAAGGCUACAUUCUGUCGUCAGCAUACAAACAAUGAACAACUUGUUGUUCGCCCAUGUGGAGUCAUCUGUGGCCGUGGCACAAUGUACCACCACAAGGCUGUCUUGAAUGUGCUGAUCAUGAUUGAAAAAAUGUUUACCCUCCUGCGUGCUCGUAAACCACAGCAUAUGAUUUACGACUCCAACUGUAAUACAUUGCAUGAAGUGGAGAGUCGCAAGAUCACAUUCUUUGAGGGGAUGGGCAUGUGCAUAGAUGCCUUCCAUCACAAAACGAAGCACAAGGCUAGUGAUGUGCUCUGCCAUGAGCGCUGUGACAUGAAGGCAUACCCUGAACUCCUUGAUGACAAUGGGAAGUACUAUUUCAACUCAUCAAUCGCAGAGCAAACAAAUGUUUGGUUUGGUGGUUUUCAUAACAUAUGUUGA